GAUUUUUCAUUGCUCAAUAAUCGAAUUAAUUUCUGUUUUAUACAAACUAUUUCAUCAUAACAAAUAGUAAUUCCCUGUUGGUUGUUAAUCAAUAUCAUUGAUUGUGUGUACAAUUUACAUAUUACAGAAACGUUUUUAUCAUUGGACUGUCGUUUAGAUAGUACAUCUAGAUAAAAAGUUUCUAGUUAAAAGUAUAUCAAAAUGGCUGCUUGAUUGAGUUUUGUGAACUGGGACGUUUCCAGUAGUUUGACUUAUUGAUUACAAAUAUUCAUGAUUCAUGGAUAGUGGAGAAUAUUUAUACUCAGAUAUUUCAAGCCUACCAUUAUGAUUAUUUUUUUUUCGUCCUAAGAAGAGAGAAGAUACUAGGGGUAAUCAUAGACACACAGAAAACAUCAGUCCCCCAAUACUACACAGAAAACUGACGAUUGAGCAACAUGAGCCCCAAUUAAACCGAAGGUAAACUCAGAUGCUCUUAAACGGUAAGCAGUACCAUUCUCCAGUGGAGACAAGCUUCACUGUGAAAACGCAGUUACCGGACUCAUGUGAUAGAGCAUUUACAAACAUACAUUAAUAACUUAUUCUUUUGAUAUUUUUAGUAUUUGGCACUUUUUUAAGCUUACAGAAGUAUUUAAAUGUAGAAUAAAAAAAAACAUCAUUGUCUAUUAAUGUCAAACUUCUAAAAGAAAAGCAUGUAAAACAGAAGGCAAGAUCAAAUUGUCCCCAGAAAUCCAUAAACAUAAAAAAAGAAUGUGACAUUGUCAUUAUUGUCUUUUUAAAGUGAGUUGACAUUAAAAUAUUUUAGUUUGUUCAACUGAGGCUGCAAUUUUGGGAUUUUAGGAAGUCCUAUACUUUUAAGUUAGCAGUUAAUUAAUAUUGAGUAUCUUGUUGCUAAAUUUCCUACAAAAUGGCGAUUUAAAUGGAUGACUUUUAAAUGUACUAUUGUUUCUAUUAAUCUUUUUUUAUAGGGCAACAUCUGACGCUGAACAUGUAAUUUAAAUGUCAUGGGAUAUGUACCAGCAUGUCAGGACACGAAGCUAACAACAGUCAGCUGAAGAAUUUAGCUGAACGUCUUCUUCAACAAGACAUCAAGGACCAUGAAGGUGCCAGCGGUAGUUUGUAUUAUAAAUUUUCUGGAAUGAAGAUACAGAAUGCCAAGCUUCCACAUGCUUCUAUGGUAGCAGGAAGGCUGCAAACAAGAAAUGGUGCUAUUUGUAUUAAUGGAAACUACAGUUUAUUUUAUGAUGGCAUGUUAAAACGAACAGCAGAUGGCGAUUUUACUCUGAUGAUAUCUGAUAUGGCUGUUAGUCUGGAAGAUGUCAGAAGCGGACGCAAUCGUGGACGUGACGGAAGGGACAGUGUAGACCAUGACUUAUUACAUAGGUUAAUACGGAAUGGCGUCUGUGUUUGUAAAAUUGGGAAAAUUAAAGCCAAGUUUCAAGGAGGAUCUGCCGGGUUAUGUUUAUUCUUUUUUAGAAUUUUAGUUAAAUUCAUGAGAACCAGUUUAGAAGAACAGGCUGCACAAGUUGUAAAGAAAAUGUUAAAAGACGAAGAAGACAUGGCUGUGAUAGGACUUAUAGCACUGUUUGCAUUCAGUGAAGACCAGCUUCCAGAAGAACCCCCCAGAAGAGGUAUACGACGGUAUAUAGCAAGUUGUGUUCGAGAACCAGAAUAAGACAUUAGCAGCAUAUUUAUUUUUUAUACAAAUACAUGCUUACUCCAAAGGUAUAUUCCAGACGUGUUGUGAUCUACUUCUUAAAUUAUACACCUUGGUGCCAUGAUAUAGAAACUCGUGCUAUAUUAUGAAACAACAUCAUUCAUCUGAACAUUUUCUUUUCCUUAGAGAAAAAGAACCAUGUUGUGCUUAUAUAGAUCAGCAUUUUGUCAUAGAAGUAACAUUUAAUGUUAUAUUUUUGUAUAUAUAUUCUUGUGUAUUACAUUUUGUUUACUAAUUAAAAAUUCAUGUUCAAUGUGUAUAAAUAUAAAUAUUAUGUGUUCUUUGUAUUAAAAUACUUAAACAAAAAUUUAA